CCAUUUUCCACCUUCUCCUGUCCCGGACACUCCCGUAACUAUGAUUUCUUCCCACGUCAUGCGCGCGAGCGGCAGCCGUCUUGCUCAGCGCAUCGUUGCGCAGGCUACCCUCCGCUCGGCGACCCCUCGUGCCGUCGCUGCCUACUCUACUGGGGUUUCGGCCGCCCCUCGGCCAUCUGACCGGGCGAGCUCCUUCGCCACUCAGAACUACGGCGGUGGUGCUGGCACCUAUGGGAUCCCCACCGUGCGCAAGGACAUCUCCUCGCGCGAGCAGAGCGACAUGACCACUCUCCCCCUGUACCUGGAUGCCCAGGCUACCACGCCGAUGGACCCCCGCGUCCUCGAUGCCAUGCUCCCCUACAUGACGUCGCACUUCUAUGGCAACCCCCACUCCAGCACCCACGCCUAUGGCUGGGACAGUGAGGGGGCCGUGGAGACCGCGCGCGAGCAGGUCGCCUCGCUGAUCGGCGCCGCCGACCCCAAGGAGGUGGUCUUCACCUCCGGCGCCACCGAGUCCAACAACAUCGCCAUCAAGGGUGUGGCCCGCUUCUACAAGAAGAGCAAGAACCACAUCAUCACCACCCAGACCGAGCACAAGUGUGUGCUGGACAGCUGCCGUGUCCUCGAGCAGGAGGGCUUCGAGGUGACCUACCUCCCGGUGCAGAGCAACGGCCUGAUUGACCUGGAUGCCCUGCGCGCUGCCAUCCGCCCGGAGACCUGCCUCGUGUCCAUCAUGGCCGUCAACAACGAGAUUGGUGUCAUCCAGCCCCUGACGGAGAUCGGCCAGAUUUGCCGCGAGAACAAGGUCUUUUUCCAUACCGACGCCGCCCAGGCCGCCGGCAAGAUCCCGAUCGACGUGCAGAAGAUGAACAUCGAUCUACUCAGCAUCAGUGGCCACAAGAUCUACGGCCCGAAGGGUGUUGGUGCUCUGUAUGUCCGCCGUCGCCCGCGUGUUCGCAUUGAGGCCCUCCAGUCCGGUGGUGGCCAGGAGCGCGGUGUGCGUAGCGGCACCGUGCCCACCUCGCUGGUGGUCGGCCUCGGCGCGGCGGCCGAUGUCUGCGCCCGCGAGAUGGACUACGACCAUGAGCGCAUUUCCCGGCUGUCCGCCCGGCUGCUGGCCGGCCUGCAGGAGGGUCUCACCCACAUCGCUGUCAAUGGCCCCCAGGAGGCCGGCUCGCCCAUCCGGCUGCCUGGCUGCCUGAACGUGUCCUUCUCCUGUGUCGAGGGCGAGUCCCUCCUGAUGGCCCUCAAGGAUAUGGCCCUCUCUUCGGGGUCGGCCUGCACCAGCGCCUCCCUCGAGCCGAGCUAUGUCCUGCGUGCCCUCGGCCAGGAUGAGGAUAUGGCCCACUCGAGCAUCCGCUUCGGCAUCGGUCGCUUCACCACCGAUGCCGAGAUCGAGUUCUGCCUGCAGAAGACCAUCGAUAACGUCACCAAGCUCCGUGAGAUGAGCCCCCUGUGGGACAUGAUCCAGGAGGGCAUUGACCUGAAGACCAUCGAGUGGACUGGCGGCGGUGCCCACUAAUAAUCGCCAAACACCGGCACGCCCCUUCCCCUUUCUUUGGUGCGUAUGCGUGCGCGCACGCGUGCGCUCGCCUUCUCCUCCCCCCCCCC